GAGCCGGAGAGCGUCUGCGAUGGUUGCCAGCGGGAGAGCCGCGCCAAACUUGCCCGCUCUCUGAACGCUGCUCGCCGGCUCUCACCCUACCCUACCGCGGUACCGGGCUUUGCUGACCGGUUCUCGUUUUACCCUGCGAGGACCGAACCACCGCCGCUUGGAGGAUAAGAGGAAAGUUUGAGGAGACGGCGGUGACAACGAGGAGAGAGCUGCGUGACUGAACUUCCACCCAAGCAGACCGAGGGGACCAGGCAAGACUAGGAGGAGGAGCUAACAGGUUUCAGCUCGCCCUGCUUCCAGAAGACUGGUUGGUUCAAGCAAUCGAUGCGGGCAGUCUGCCGGCCGGAUGCCCACUUGGCUGCACAGCACAGUGCUCAAUCAGUCUGAACUUCAACACAUAGACCGACCUACAGAGAGGCUGCGAAGAGGAGGCCAGUCUCAGGAGAGCGUCAUGUGAUUGGAGUGAAAACCGUCUAGGAAGCACUCCUGUCAGCACUGCUAUCAAAGUUUCUCCACUCAUCUUCUUCAUUGUUGAACUUCUAGAUAAGGAAUUUCACAAUAGCAGGAUAAAACGCCCUGUUUUUUUUUUUUUUUGUUUGUUUGUUUUAUCGGUGACUGAACCCUACACUGGAUUUUUAACCUCAGUGACAUAUCUUGGCUGGACACUGUUGGAUUAUGUGCUAAUCCAGCAUUCCCAUGGGGGAUUAAAUCAACCCAGUAAACCACCACAGACUCACUUUUGGCUCUGUUACCAAUUACAGAGGUAUUUUUUUUUAUAGUGAGUGACACCCAUCAUGGCCGGGAAGGGCAACCCGAUGCCGGGCCCCCACCUCAAUGGCUUCCCAGUGCCCACGUACUCCUACUUCUUCCCUCACAUGUUGGGGAGUCUGUCUCCUCCAGCCCUGACAGGACUUCCCCUCAGCGGCUACAGCACACCCUCACCAGCCACGAUAGAGACGCAGAGCACCAGCUCAGAGGAGAUAGUGCCAAGCCCGCCCUCGCCUCCCCCGCCGCCCCGCGUCUACAAGCCCUGCUUUGUGUGCCAGGACAAGUCCUCAGGGUACCACUAUGGUGUCAGCGCCUGUGAAGGCUGCAAGGGCUUCUUCCGGAGAAGCAUCCAGAAGAACAUGGUGUACACUUGUCACCGUGAGAAGAACUGCAUCAUCAACAAAGUUACCCGCAAUCGCUGCCAGUACUGUCGGCUUCAGAAGUGCCUGGAAGUCGGAAUGUCCAAGGAGUCGGUGAGGAAUGACCGGAACAAGAAAAAGAAGGAUGAAAAGAAGCAAGAGUGCACGGAGAGCUACGUGCUGAGUCCCGACACAGAGCAGAUGAUCGACAGGGUCCGCAAGGCGCACCAGGAAACGUUCCCCUCCCUCUGCCAACUGGGAAAAUACACUACGAGUAACAGCUCAGAGCGACGCGUGUCGCUGGACGUGGACCUCUGGGACAAGUUCAGUGAGCUGUCCACCAAAUGCAUCAUCAAGACGGUGGAAUUUGCCAAGCAGCUUCCGGGCUUCACAACGCUCACCAUCGCUGACCAGAUUACCCUGCUCAAAGCCGCCUGUCUGGACAUCCUGAUACUGCGGAUCUGCACACGCUACACGCCAGAGCAAGACACCAUGACUUUCUCAGAUGGACUCACGCUAAACCGAACCCAGAUGCACAACGCCGGAUUCGGACCCCUCACCGACCUGGUUUUCGCCUUCGCCAACCAGCUCAUCCCCCUGGAGAUGGACGACGCAGAGACAGGCCUGCUCAGCGCCAUCUGUCUUCUGUGUGGAGAUCGUCAAGACCUGGAAGAGGCAGACAAGGUGGACGUCCUGCAGGAGCCCCUUCUGGAGGCAUUGAAGAUCUAUGUGAGGAAGAGGAGGCCCCACAAACCACACAUGUUCCCCAAGAUGCUGAUGAAGAUCACCGACCUGAGAAGCAUCAGUGCGAAAGGAGCUGAGCGUGUCAUCACCCUGAAAAUGGAGAUCCCAGGCUCCAUGCCUCCCCUCAUCCAGGAGAUGCUGGAGAACUCGGAGGGCCUGGAGAGCGGGGCUUCAGGGGGCCGACCCUGUGGCACCCCUCCAGGCAGCUGCAGCCCCAGUUUGUCCCCCAGCUCCGCCCAAAGCAGUCCGGCCACACAAUCACCGUAGUAACGGCCCACCUUGUUUUUGUGUUAGUUCAAACCAACGCCGGUCAGUCUCCUCCUUCAGUGGACUAAAGAGGAGGGCCGAAGGAGGAGGCCUUGACUGCUAACCGCUGAUGGAUGGAGACUGGCAGAGCCCGCCUCCUUCCUACUCCUGGUCUGCUUUUCCUCACAAGGUUACCACGUAAGGGGCGGUGUGGCCGGAGCAUGCCGGGACGGCGCCGAGAGACCAUACCGUAAACACUGCUGAUGACUCCUCCUCCUCCUUCUCACGCCAACGCUGCUCCUCCACCUUGACGUGAAUGCGGCGCAGCAGACAGGAAGCGAGAGUAGCUGGGAUACGGACAAUGCAUAUAAACACCAGACACUUUUUGUUGUUGUUGUCGUUGUUGUUGUUGUUGUUGAGGCAGACUACAAGCUUGGGACUUGUCAAAAGACCCUCCUCCACCUCCUCAAAGACUUGGGGUCUUUUCUCUUUUUCCAGCUUCUUCAAAAAAACAGAUUUCGUACACAAAGAUAUAUAUAAAUAUAUAGAAAACUUAAGGAACUAUUGUGCUCGACAGAAUGGAAGCCGCCGUCACAAGGACAUGUUUUCUGAGAUUAGGAAUUGUUGUACUCCCUCACAGUUUUUAUCCAUCAUGAGAAAAAAAGUUUCCGUUUGAUCACACGUGUACAUUACUCUAAUUGACAAAAAAAAAAGCAAAAUAGGAUGACAUUUUUCCAGUCCACACACACACACACACACACACAUAAUAAUAAUGUGCACAGAAAAGUGGCAAUGAGCAUCUAUUCCUACUAUUCCAGGUUCUUUUUUAUUAUUUUAUUGCUUCCAGCAAAAUGGAAAAAAAUGAUUGUAUGAACUUGGUUGUAUGAUAUGGUCACAGGUCCUUUCAAGAAAUCAAUUUAAUGAAGAUUCAUUAUUAAGGUGUAUUUUAAGUAGCCUUUGAGUUUGUGUAUAUAAGCUGUAUUCAUUUCUUAAAAACUAUGAAGAGUUUUAGGCUUCACGUGAUUUUUUUUUUUUUAAGAAUACCUUUUAUGUGUUUUGUUCAUGGGUUUGUGAUUCAAGGAAAUACAUUUUGAGCACACUUUACUGAAGGAACUUCUUUCAUGUUUGUGUCCUACUACAUAUAGGGCGGACCCUCAAAACCCCCACCCCCCACCCCUCCCUCCCCCUCCAUGUGUGUGUUCAUGACUACAGUAGCACUCCAGCUUUUAUUUUUAUUUUUAUUUUGGGCCACGUAGCAAAUGAUUUUUGUCUCUAAACAUGUGGAAGCCACUUGUAGCUUGCUGGGCUCAGGUUUGCAGCGCAAGAGAGUUCAAAUGUGAAGAAUGGUGUACUGUACACACUGUAUUAAAACACACAAGUGAUUCCCACUGAUUGGGUCAGUAAUAAGUAGAGUGGCCAGAACUGAUUAUGCUCCCCCACUCCCACUUUCUAGAAUGACUAACCCUGCACCCUGUGAUCACUUUACGCCAAAACGCCUUCACUUACAUCAGACCAUCAUUACUGUACACACGCCAACGUCUCAGGAAGGAAUCAUUUUGUAUGCUUGGCCUGUCCAUUUGUAUAUGUUCUUGACUGUACCCCCCUCUAUCUCUCUCACACAUACACACACAGAUACACUGCUACUGAGCCCCCAACAUUUUCCUUCACGCCCCUGCCCUCACCGUGCACAAGAACUGAAAGACCCGGCGACACCAGGAUGCUGCUUUCCUCAUCGCGUUGGACUUUUCCAAAAGAGCGCACAACCCGUCUGUCUCUCCACAGAUCAUCUGGAUUAGACACACCAGUCAAUUUGAGAAGUAUGGAAUAUGUUGCAAUUUUGUCAAGAUUAUCAAGGGACUUUGAGGAAAAAAAAGAAGAAAGAAAACAAAAAAAAUCUAAAAAAAAAAAAAUAAAAUGAACAUUUAAUAAUAAACUGAUGUUUGUGUUUGUUACUGUGUGUAAUUAUCUGAUCGUUCACAACCACCUAGGUGUCCCUGAAUGCAUCGUAGCCAUAGUAAGUAGAACACUACUAAAAGUGGAAGUCUAAGGAAGUUUUCAAAAGUGCUUAUUUUUUACUUAAAAAUAUUUCUUUCAUACCGGGUGUUUCUAUGUUAGUGCAAUUUGCUUAUUUUAAAAUGCAUACUGGAAUCAGAGAUGGAGUAUAUUACUUUAAGCAAAUUCAUCUUCCAACCAUUUCCAUUCCUGUUAAAUGUGUAUUUUUUUUAAUUGGCAAUACAGUAAUAUUUUUUGUCUUUUACAUGAAGUAGCCUAUCCUAAUUAUUUUUACAUGUCUAUGUUUUUUGCGCAAACUUCUACUUCUGAACCGCUGCACACAAAAGGAUGAAAAUUUGGCUUGUCUUACCUGUGCUAUUAUUUUUAUGACAAAUACACCACAUGGUGGUGCUGUUAUUAAACCCCAUUAGUCGGACUGACUUGAAAUUUCUCACAAAGCUAAAUGUGCUCUACAAAACACCCCCUGUAACUUUAGGGUGUUUUGCCGAAUCAUCGUGAAAUUUGGAACACAACUUUAGGGAAUUGACAAGCACAUGUCUGUAAAAUUUGAACAACGUUGUUUGAAAAACGUGGCCCCCAUCAAAGAAAACCUCUUUGCUGGGAUAUUAGAACGGAGCAAGCCAUAUCUAAUUAUUCUGAACACAACACAUGGGGAAAGGCACAAAUGUUAGUCAAAUGAAAAA